AAGCCAAGCUUGCUAACAGAAGUUAGCAUAACGUGCGAUCUGCUCAGAGACCGACCACACAGCGUUCCUUUGAGAGACCAACCGGUAUUAUUAGUGGACGAACAGUGUCGAAAUACACCUAUGUGAAAAUAGUGGGUGGUGUUCAUUGCUUAAGAGAUCUCCCCACGAAGCCGAGGAAGUUAGCUCGCUAGCUGGAGACGGAGGCAACCGUGACCUAGCAGCAGAGCUCUGCGUGUUGAAUCCGGAGGGAAAGUUGCUGUGAUUGAAUCUAAAACAUGUUUGAAGUCGAAACGUUGAGAGCUUUUGUCAACGAGCGGCUGACUGCAGCUGCUGAGGAGAUCUUUGAGGUGUUUCAGAGGAGGAUAGCAGAGGAACUGGAGUCCACUUUAAAGGAGAACCAGCGACAAAAGAAACUACUGGACGCCCUUUUAAACCCGGAAGUCCGGCUACACAGAGCAGGUACCCGGCAGCAGGCGUGUAGCUCCAGUCUGGAGAAGGAGGAUCCAGAGCCCCCCCACAUUAAAGAGGAACAGGAGGAACUCCAGUCCAGUCCGGAGAUAGAGCAGGAGGUGACUGAUACUUACCUCCGAUUAACUUCUGUGAAGAGUGAAGAAGAGAAAGCUCAGUCCUCAUGGCUUAAUGAAAUCCAGACUGAGGAGAACCGAGAGGCAGAGAGAACAGAAGCUGAUGAAGAGGACUGUGGAGGAUCAGAUCCAGGUCAUCCUUUACAACCAGCUACUCAAUACUCGACUCCACUCUCCUCUGAGUAUGAGACUGACAACAGUAGAAAUUGGGAGAAACCUGGUUUAACCCCUCUGCACAACAACGCCGUACCAGGAAGUGGCAUCAAGUGUGAUAGAAGCUUUGUCCACAAGGGGAAACUUCAGACUAGAGAGACACUUUAUCGUUGCCCCUUCUGUGAUUACACCUCUUCGAUAAGGUCAUGUUUGAGCAUACACCUCACAGUUCAUGAGAAAGCAAACCCUCAUAGCAGCUCAGUUUCAUCUAAAAGAGAGGUGGUGUCGAACAUGAGAAUCCACACAGUGGAGAGGCCAUUCAAGUGUACCCGGCAGCAGGAGUGUAGCUCCAGUCUGGAGAAGGAGGAUCCAGAGCCCCCCCACAUUAAAGAGGAACAGGAGGAACUCCAGUCCAGUCCGGAGAUAGAGCAGGAGGUGGCUGAUACUUACCUCCGAUUAACUUCUGUGAAGAGUGAAGAAGAGGAUGAAGAGAAAGCUCAGUCCUCACGGCUUAAUGAAAUCCAGACGGAGGAGAACCGAGAGGCAGAGAGAACAGAAGCUGAUGAAGAGGACUGUGGAGGAUCAGAUCCAGGUCAUCCUUUACAACCAGCUACUCAAUACUCGACUCCACUCUCCUCUGAGUAUGAGACUGACGACAGUAGAAAUUGGGAGAAACCUGGUUUAACCCCUCUGCACAACAACGCCGUACCAGGAAGUGGCAUCGAGUGUGAUAGAAGCUUUGUCCACAAGGGGAAACUUCAGACUAGAGAGACCCCUCAUAGCAGCUCAGUUUGUCAACAAACAUCUAGAAGAGAGGUGGUGUCGAACAUGAGGAUCCACACAGGGGAGAAACCAUGCAAGUGUACCCGGCAGCAGGCGUGUAGCUCCAGUCUGGAGAAGGAGGAUCCAGAGCCCCCCCACAUUAAAGAGGAACAGGAGGAACUCCAGUCCAGUCCGGAGAUAGAGCAGGAGGUGGCUGAUACUUACCUCCGAUUAACUUCUGUGAAGAGUGAAGAAGAGGAUGAAGAGAAAGCUCAGUCCUCACGGCUUAAUGAAAUCCAGACGGAGGAGAACCGAGAGGCAGAGAGAACAGAAGCUGAUGAAGAGGACUGUGGAGGAUCACAUCCAGGUCAUCCUUUACAACCAGCUACUCAAUACUCGACUCCACUCUCCUCUGAGUAUGAGACUGACGACAGUAGAAAUUGGGAGAAACCUGGUUUAACCCCUCUGCACAACAACGACGUACCAGGAAGUGGCAUCGAGUGUGAUAGAAGCUUUGUCCACAAGGGGAAACUGCGGAAACACCCUGGAGAGACCCCUCAUAGCAGCUCAGUUUGUCAACAAACAUCUAGAAGAGAGGUGGUGUCGAACAGGAGGAUCCACACAGGGGAGAAACCAUACAAGUGUACCCGGCAGCAGGCGUGUAGCUCCAGUCUGGAGAAGGAGGAUCCAGAGCCCCCCCACAUUAAAGAGGAACAGGAGGAACUCCAGUCCAGUCCGGAGAUAGAGCAGGAGGUGGCUGAUACUUACCUCCGAUUAACUUCUGUGAAGAGCGAAGAAGAGGGUGAAGAGAAAGCUCAGUCCUCAUGGCUUAAUGAAAUCCAGACUGAGGAGAACCGAGAGGCAGAGAGAACAGAAGCUGAUGAAGAGGACUGUGGAGGAUCACAUCCAGGUCAUCCUUUACAACCAGCUACUCAAUACUCGACUCCACUCUCCUCUGAGUAUGAGACUGACGACAGUAGAAAUUGGGAGAAACCUGGUUUAACCCCUCUGCACAACAACGCCGUACCAGGAAGUGGCAUCGAGUGUGAUAGAAGCUUUGUCCACAAGGGGAAACUUCAGACUAGAGAGACCCCUCAUAGCAGCUCAGUUUGUCAACAAACACCUAAAAGAGAGGUGGUGUCGAACAUGAGGAUCCACACAGGGGAGAAACCAUUCAAGUGUACGGUUUGUAGUAAAAGUUACUCCAACAAGUCAAAUCUAAGACAACACUUAACUGUCCACACCGGGGAGAGACCAUUCAGCUGUUCAGUUUGUGGUAAAAGUUUCACAUAUAAGUCAAAUCUGAGACUACACUCAAAUGUCCACACCGGGGAGAAACCAUUCAGCUGUUCACUCUGUAGUAAAUCAUUCACAACAGGUAGCAAUCUGAGACAACACCUGCUUGUCCACACAGGGGAGAGACCAUUCAAGUGUACUUUUUGUAGUAAAAGCUACACCGACAAGUCAAGUCUGAAAAGACACUUGACUGUCCACACCGGGGAGAAACCAUUUAGCUGUUCAGUUUGUGGUAAAAGCUUUUCACGAGUUACAAGUCUGACACAUCACUCAACUCUGCACGCAGGGGAGAGACCUUUGAAGUGUACUUUUUGUAGUAAAAGUUUCACAUACAAGUCAGAUCUGAAUAGACACUUAACUGUUCACACAGCGGAGAAACCAUUCAGUUGUUCAGCUUGUAGUAAAUCAUUCACAACAGGUAGCAAUCUGAGACAACACCUGCUUGUCCACACAGGGGAGAGACCAUUCAAGUGUACGGUUUGUAGUAAAUCAUUCACAACACGUAGGAAUCUGAGACAACACCUGCUUGUCCACACGGGGGAGAGACCAUACAAGUGUACGGUUUGUAGUAAAAGCUACAACAACAAGUCAAAUCUUAGAAGACACUUGACUGUCCACACUGGAGAAACCGUUUAGCUGUUCAGUUUGCAAGAAUGGUUUCGCUCGGCUUUCAUAUCUAAAUAAACACAAGUGUGUUGGUGAGAGCGGCAAAAAAGAGGGAAGUUGCAGAUGUGUUCUUUUGCCUUUCAUGGUUGUUGUUUUGCUGCAGAUACUGCUAUUGGUGUUAUCUUUAUUACAGUUUAGGCAGCUUAACAAGGGCGGGCGGGUCUAGACAUUAUUUGAUGGGGUGGCACAUUUAAAUCACUUUAAAAAUUAGAACUGUAAAAAUGACAGCCCUACUCUCUAGAACAUACAUGAUGAACAGCACAAAUGCAAAAGAGGCAACUUCACAUGUACAGUUUUGAAGAUCCAGACGGGCGUUGCUUGGAUCUAGUAACAUCGGGGGCUUAGCCCAGCCCGACGAUUGUGCAUUUCAAAAAUAUAUUCUGUAUAUAUCAAUAGAGUUUAUCAAGACCCUCUAUAAUAGACCGAUCUACCACCCAAACAGGAACAUAUGUACAUAAGUUACUCAAUAAAAAGUGUGCAAAUCUAUUUAGUAUCCUAGCCCUUUGAGUGUUUGUCUUUUUUAUAAAUCUUUUUGGAGUUUUCGUUCAUAUGCAAAUACUUGACACAUACAAUGUUUCCAGGUAGACCUGUUAAGACGUAGUAAGCGGUUUGUCUUACAGUGUAUGCUGAAAACAACAACCAAUUUAACCUAAGCCAGAACGGCUUCUAUGACUGAACCUUAGUUACCCAUUAUCCCUUCCCACCCAGCAAAAACAAAAAACAACAAAGUGCCUGGCUUGAAGAAAACGGACAAAGUGAGAGUGGGGUAAUUCGAGCCUGGCUGCAAGCUCUGUAAAUCAGUCAAACUGUUUUUUGUAAAGGUCCUUGACAUGCAGCAGGCCUUUGUUUCGCCAGAUAUUAAAAGUAGGGUCUGACAGGGAGGGUGGAAAUAGAUGGUUUUUAACAAUCGGGGCUAAAGCUGAAGGUUCAUUCAAGCCAUAAUGUUUACGGAAUUGCAUCCACAUUUUCAGGGAGUUGGUAACAACAGGGUUCUGUGAGACAUUAUGAAUCUUGAGAGGGAGUCGCGCGGUAAGGCGGGACCGUAGUUCUAUCUGAGCCCAUGAGGGACCUGUGUCAGCUCCUCUGUCAAACCAAUGAAUAAGUUUGUUAACGCUGCAUGCCCAGUAAUAUUGGGUAGUGCGAGACCGCCCAGCUUUUUGGGGAGUGGCUUGUUCAACCACAGAAACGACGAUGUUGUCUGGUCUAGCUGCUGAAAAGAGGAUUUUCUCAUCAACAUUGGAAUAUGCUGGAAGAAAUAGAGGAAUUUCGGGAGAAUCACCAUCUUUACCAGGUUAACUCUGCCAGUUAGGGAAAGGGGGAGAGAGGACCAACGAGUCAUAUCAAGCUUAUAUGGGGUUUGAUACAUAUAACAGCAAAUCGUCCGCGUACAGGGACAGCUUGUGGUUGACAUCAUUCCUGGUGAUACCCUCGAUUCUCUCCUCCCCCCGAAGCCAGAUGGCCAAUGGUUCAACAGCUAAAGCAAAUAGGAGGGGGGAGAGGGGGCCUCCCUGUCUGGGGCCUCUACGAAGGGCAAAGGAGGGCGACCUCACACCAUUUGUAAGGAUAUGGGCAGUUGGGUCAUAAAGCAGUCUAAUCCAUGCAAUAAAGUCAGAGCUGAAGCCACAUUUUAACAUAAAGAGAAGAGGGAAAGAGAAGAGAAGAGAAACGUUCGUUAUUGCCAUCUUUCUUGGUGAUUUGAAGCUUUGCUGGGUAAAGGAGAGCUGGUCGGAGGCCUAGGUUAUACAGCUUAGCCAUGACAUCGCGGUAGGCCGUACGUUGCUCUAAGACGUCGGGGCAAUAGUCCUUGUAGAUGCAGAACAGCGAGUCACGGUACUUCAGGUCAUUCCUCCGUUUGCGGGCUCCCGGAUUAUCAGCUCUUUGGUCUGGUGUCGGUGAAAACAUACGAUCACAGGCCUGGGCCUAUCUCCCUGUCUUGGCUUAGCAGCUAGGGAGCGGUGGGCCCGGUCUAGCUCUGGUGGGGUUUGUAGCACUUGGUCCCCAAAUAUCUCCAUCAGGACUUCAGAGAAAAGGGUCGUGGGUCGUGGGUCGUGGACCCUCUAUGGACUCUGGCAGGCCGACAAUCGUGACGUUGCUACGCCGGCUUCGUCCCUCUAAAUCCAUGUUCUUGGUUUUGAUCUUAGCACAAGCCUCUGCUAAAGUGGAGCAUGAUACUUCGAGGGCCUGGAUACGUCCUUCAGUUAAGUUGGCGUUGGUCUCCAAACUUGCAAUUCGUUCACCAAAGUCAGUCACUGUGGCCUGUACUGUGUCUAGUUUAGCUUGAAGAGAAGCAAACGCCGACCUGAGGUCAGCACACAGCGCUGUCCAUAUGGACUGGCGGUGCUCCUCCAGCAAGCUAGUCAGAGCGGGCAUGCUAAUCUGGCUAGCCCCGGCGGACGAGUCGUCUCUUUUGGUGUCUUUUUCCUUAGUCUGCUUAGUUUUUGAGGCCAUGAAUCAUGUAGAAGAUAUUACUAGAGAGUCGUGUUGGAUUUGGGUUAUAAAAAGCUAUGUUUUUUCAGAACAGUGCGGGAGAGCGCGAUGCAUGCGUCUACUCCAUUCCUCUCUCCACCGGAAGUCCUUGAAGGUGUUUUUAUGUGGGGGGUGGACCUCACAUCCUCACAACCAAAAACACACCAUAGCCAAUAACAAUUCAUUUAAACUUUGUUUUUGUCCCCUUAUUGUUGUGAGUGUGUUUGGGCUCCUGGUCCCAGAGCUUCUCCUCUCUCCCACCUCAGUUCUCACUUCCUGUCCAACAGUGUUUCAUACUGGAUUAUAAAUGCUGUGUGAGCAGAGUAUGAAUAAAGAAUUGCAGAAAUUCAAUGCU